AGCAACAUCAUUGAGUGGUUGUCGGAGCUUUACAAGGGCAGCCGUGGCUUUGAGCUAGGAACCUUCGACAAGAACCUGCUAUCCAGAACUAUGAAGGCUCAAUCAGAGAAGUGGGAGCCCCUCGCCCAUGGGUACAUCCUGGAUGUCAUUCAUCUCGCACACCGCUUUGUGACAACCCUUCUCAGACACGUCUGUCCCACUGCAAGAGUCAGGGAGGGCAUCAUGUCUGUCCUCAUGGAGCCUCUUCUCAAUAUCUACCGCCGUGCCCUCGAACAAGUCCAGUUCGUCCUGCGCGUUGAGCACAGCAAUCCUCAGACAAUCAACCAUUACUUCAACGAUAACCUGGAGAAGUCUCGUCAAAAGCGUCUCCGCGCCUCUCUCGAAAAGCACGCCACCUUCCAGACCAACGGUCAUAGUGUUCCUCGUAGCACGAUUGCGCUCGACGAUAUCGUGCAGAACCAUCCCAUGUCGAAUGCCCAGCACACUGUUUUCGAAGUACAUGACAUUCUCAAGGCCUACUACAAGGUCGCCAGAAAGAGAUUUGUCGACAACAUUUGCAUGCAGGCUGCAGACUACUUGCUGGUCACUGGACCCAACAAUCCUCUGAAGAUUCUCUCACCUCAAUUUGUCAGUGCUUUGUCUGAUGAGCAGCUAGAGGAGAUUGCUGGCGAGGACAUUGGCCUCAGAAGAAAGCGUAUUGCUCUCGCGAAGGAGGUCAAGGAUAUGGAGAUCGGCAAGAAGAUUCUUGCAGGCGUCUCUUGA